UCAAAUAUUGAAAGACAUGUUAACGUCAUACAAAAAUUAAAUACCAAACUCAAUAACAAUUGGAAUAGAAUCAUAUCCCAUGCAUGGCCCGGUCUGGUCAAUUAUAUUGAUAAUGAUAACUUUCGUUUCUCUCUAUUAAACUAGUAGCUAUUAUAAUUGACAAAAAAAAAACUAAAAGCUAUUAUCUUAUUAAACUAAUAACUAGUAUUAUCUUAAAGUAAAUCUUGCAAUUAUUUUAUAGGAAUUGUUCCAUAUAUGAAGUAUACAUACUUAACCAUAUAAACAAAAGGAAACUUACUAUUGUUAUACCAAAAAUCUUGCUUUUGUUUCAAUAAUAUUAUUCUUCAUGCAUGGAUAUCUAAUAUAUAUAUAAUUUUUUUUUCAUUUGUUAAAAACAACAAUCGUAUCUAUAAAUAUGAACAUGUUGGUUAUGUCUUACCACAUUCACUAGCUACAAAAGAACUUAACAAGCUUCAGUGACUUUCCCGUUGCUUAAACCAAACUGUGUAUUAUAUAUAACAUUUUUUUUAGUAAAACCAUGAUAAGUGGGGGAGAUGUUUACAAGGUCAUCGAAGCAAUGGUUCCACUCUAUGUUGCCCUAAUCUCAGGCUAUGGUUCGGUGAAAUGGUGGAACAUCUUCACUCGUGAUCAAUGUGAUGCCAUAAACCAGCUCGUUUACUAUUUCACCCUACCACUUUUCACCAUCGAGUUCACGGCUCAUGUCGACCCAUUCAACAUGAAUUACCGGUUCAUUGCAGCAGAUGUUCUCUCUAAGAUCAUCAUAAUUGCGGUCUUAGCGUUUUGGGCCAAAUAUAGCAGCAAAGGAAGUUAUUGUUGGUACAUUACAAGUUUCUCUCUAUGCACUCUUACUAACUCUCUUGUCGUGGGUGUGCCAUUGGGAAAGGCGAUGUACGGACAAGAGGCUGUUGAUCUCGUGGUUCAAUCAUCGGUGUUUCAAGGAAUCGUGUGGCUCACACUCUUGUUGUUUGUCUUAGAGCUUAGAAGAGCCGGCUUUAGUAGUAAUAAUAAUGUAGAUGACAUCAAUAUCGAAGGUGGUAGAAAGGAAACCGUGGUUGUGAGAGAGGAGAAGUCGUUCCUUGAGGUCAUGUCCGUCGUGUGGUUGAAGCUUGCAACGAAUCCGAAUUGCUAUUCUUGUAUCCUUGGAAUCGCAUGGGCUUUUAUAUCUAACAGAUGGCAUUUUGAGAUGCCGGGCAUAAUAGAGGGAUCGAUUCUUAUAAUGUCAAAAGCAGGAACAGGAACUGCCAUGUUCAAUAUGGGGAUAUUCAUGGCACUUCAAGACAAGUUGAUAGUAUGUGGAACAAGCUUGACUGCGAUAGGGAUGGUCUUGAAAUUUAUUGCCGGACCCGCCGCCAUGGCCAUUGGUUCAAUCGCGGUUGGCCUCCACGGAAAUGUCCUCCGCGUCGCCAUCAUUCAGGCUGCUUUGCCACAAUCAAUCACUUCGUUUAUUUUUGCUAAGGAAUACGGAUUACAUGCAGAUGUUCUAAGCACAGCGGUGAUAUUUGGGAUGUUGGUCUCUUUACCAGUGCUCGUCGCCUACUAUGCAGCUUUGGAGUUUAUUCAUUAAUUAAAGUAAAAUGUCAGUUAUAUAUCAAUGAUAUAUCACCUAAUUAUAUGUGUUUUUUUCUUUCAAGGGAAUUUUGAAGUAUAUUUGAGGUAUGGAAAACACCAUGAAUCAAUCUGACUAAUUAAUGUUGAAAACAUAUAUCUAUAGUUUUAAUGUAUAAGGUUUGUUUUCCCGGAA